AUGGCAGUUCACACUAGAAAAAUUGGCAAUGACGUCGUCUCACCCAUUGGUUUUGGCCUUAUGGCCCUCUCUGCGUUCUAUGGUGCCACCGAGAAAGACGAAGACAGGUUCAAGGUUCUGGACGCGGCACUCGAAGAGGGUUGUACCUUCUGGGAUACGGCUGACGUUUAUGGCGAUAGUGAGGAACUGUUGGGGAAAUGGUUUAAAGAGUCUGGGAAUCGCGAGAAGAUCUUCCUCGCUACCAAGUUUGGUACAGUAGGAACACCCGAGAGGAUGAUCAACGGCGAACCCGAAUACGUCAAGGUUGCUGUGCAAGGGUCCCUCAAGAAGCUCAGGAUCGACACCAUUGAUUUGUACUACCUUCAUAGGGCUGAUCCCAUUGUUCCGAUUGAGAUCACGGUCGGGGCAAUGGCGGAGCUUGUAAAGGAAGGAAAGGUCAAAUACUUAGGAUUAUCGGAAGUUUCUUCAGAGACUCUUCGCCGUGCUUAUGCUGUUCAUCCCAUCGCCGCUGUUCAAGUCGAAUAUUCGCCUUUCACUCUUGACAUCGAAGAUGACAAGAUUGCGUUGCUGAAAACGUGCCGGGAGCUUGGAGUGACUGUGGUUGCUUAUUCGCCUUUGGGGCGCGGAAUGUUGACGGGUCGCUUCAAAUCUAUUGAUGAGUUGGAUGACGACGAUUUCAGGAAGGCUAUUCCCAGAUAUCGGGAUAACUUCCCAAAUAUUUUGAAGCUUGUUGACGGUCUGCGAGAAAUAGGGAAGAAGUAUGGCGCGACGGCGGGACAAAUUUCGCUCGCAUGGCUUCUCGCCCAGGGAGACGACAUCAUUCCCAUUCCAGGAACCAAGGGAAUUAAGUAUCUCAAAGAAAACAUCGCUGCUAGUAAGGUAAACCUAAGUCUGGAGGACGUUGGGGAGGUCAGGGCAAUUGCGAAGAAGGCCGAUGUGUUCAAGGGAGAUCGCUUCCCACCUGGCAUGAUGGAAACAUUAUUUGUGGAUACUCCGAAGCUAAGCUGA